GUCCGAGAUGCGAAGGAUGAUUCAGCCGGGAAAGCUGAGUUCUGAUGAAAUGUGUGUGUCUCCACCAUGUUGGCAUAAUCCCGUCGACUGUCAGGUGAAGCAUGGAUUAUUUUGGCGAUUUCCCUUUACGCGAAAAGCGCGCAGUCUAGUCGGCAACAGUUUCCUCAAGCAUCCUUUCGGGCAUCUUCUCAGAGGUGUGGUUCGCUUUCACACCGUUUCACGUGUACACCUGCAUAGCCGAAAGGAUCGUGGCUGUCCAACGUGCUACUGUGGUAAACACAGUACAUGUCCUCUUCUCUGUGUUGCUGCAGCCGCAGAAGGGUAACGGUUUGACGAGUUUGGAGCAUGCGAGCAUAUGCACGCACAUCACUCGUACGAAAUGAAGCGCGAACGCGAGGCAGAAAAUCCGCAGGAUGGGCGUCAAGUCGACCUGGUGAACGACCAGCAGCCUGCCCUACAGUCCCGCAUGUUGAGCACAGUGGCCAAUGAGCUUAUCCAAGCGGCUGAAGAAAUUCAAACGCCCUCAUCUAUAGCGCGUAUCAGUCAAUUUAUGAACAUCGACGGCCAUUUGCUACAAUGGGCCCCCAGCAAAGAUAUGCAGGCACUGACAAGCAUCUGCAAGACAGGCAACAGCAUUGCAGGCCUACUGUUGGCUCACACGAUUCACCUGAACAAGGAGAAGGAGGAACGUCAGUUAUGCGUUUUGCUGGAGAAGUGGAAGACCUGCAGGCCUCACUGCGACAGGACAGCCAGAAAUGGUCAAGGACUGUCUUUCGCAAAUCUGUCAAGAAUGUGCCGUCUUAGUAUUGACCCGUGUCAUUCCCUGAACUACGGCAACUGUGUAUUCAGCGCAACUCUUCAAGGUGGUUGCUCAGACAAGGCACCAAACACGCGAAGACUCGGAAAUCGGCAACGGAUAGGUGGGGUGGCAGAAUCCACAGGUGGCACAGCGAUCAGAGCAUCACCGAAAGACGGGGAAACCACGGCUGAGACAGUGGAAAUCAAGAAUGUGAUUUCACGGACACUCCUUGCUCUCUACAGUCGUGACAAGAGGUUAUCAGGACAGCGCUCACAAGAGUCGAACAAGCUCGCCUCCCCGUCUGUCAGAGGGCAUUCAGAUGGCGAAUGUGAUGCUGCUAAACAAACGCAGACGGCGCAACGUUGGCGGGAUGACCCCAAUGAAUGUGGUUGGGUGGAUCUGUGGCAGCUUGUCAUCGACCCCAGGGGCGUGGAAGGCUUCAAUCGUACUUGCCUCCACAUCUUCGCUUUAACAAUUCUCAUUUAUGAGAACAAAGUUUGCAUCAAGGAGUACGGUAAACAUAGCUCUGGAAUCCCCAGCUACGCUGUCAGGAUAGUUGACGAGGACGAAGUUAAGGGAAGUGGUUCGUCGUUUUCCGCUUUGGAGACCUCAGGUUCUGAUGUUGCACUGGCAUCACAUUCACAAUGUGACGACCCCGGGACCCGAAUGCCGUUCGAACGGACCCGGCAGGCCAUCCUGUCUCCGUGGAAUUAUGGAGUGUACCAGAACUUGUGCCGCGCCAUGCAACUGACGCCAGAUGCUGAGCCGAUGGUGGACACGAAAGCCGUGCUUGCCCAGAUCGGUGGGAGUCCCCGUCGUUUGCAGGAAGAAAGGACACAAUCGAACCUACCUCCGGAAAUUGGAGGUUCUUCACUGUGUUUAAAUCGACCGGACGACCAGAACAUUAGCUCGGACAAAUGCGCAACGAAACGUGCCAGAUGGCGGGAGCUGCACUCUGCUGAUGCGGACACAGGUCGCAGCAGCUCGGACGUACCCGACAGUGACGUGGAAACCGGAAAUUUGAUGAAGAAGAGUAGAACGGGUUCGUGACCCCUCUGCAAGACAGGCACAUCCCUAUCUGUCGUGCACGCUCUAACUAGAUGGUUCUGAUCACCGUGAUAUCUCGCUGAAACCAGCAGUGCCUUGCACUAUUUACCGCCUCGACUAGGCAGGGUCAACUGACUACACAAAAGCGUCGUGUAUCAAUAGAUGGAUCAAACUGAGCCGGCCAAGCAGAACGAUGACACAAAUUGAAAAAAGGGGCGGAAGCGGCAUCUAGUGCGCCUAUUGGUGGAAAAGAGUGUUGGAGGAGAAGGUGUACGACGGUAACGCCGUGACACUCCAACCAGAAGUACCCUGAGAAGCUGGCGGGCAAGGGGGAUCUUCGGCCACUCGUAAACAAAGACGACGUCCUUCUUUUUCGUAGGUAGCACUGUGGGUUCAGUACUUCGUCGCUCUUCACUGAGACGGGUUCGUCUUGAGUUUCAGCAUUGUGAUUUUUAACAGCUAGACUAUCUGGGGGUGCGCGCGGAUCUAGAGUGGUUUUUCGGUGCUGCCAAAUACUGCAAAUGUCAAGAACGGUUCGGCUCUAUGCUUCUCGAUUGUGUAGCUUCUGCAGAGGUUCCUAGCAAUCUGUCCAAUCGUUUUGUGAGGCCGUCACGCCGAGUGGCUUGUCGGAAGCUUUUUCACAGAAACGAUUCUCUUUUGUAGUCAGCGC